UUUAUUAUAAGACGUUUUCUAAUAUCCGAAAGAUGUUCCGAUUGGUAAGGAUUUUUUGUACGUUACGAAUAUCGAUCUCUGCCCGAUCUCUUCCCUGCAGCGAAUCGAGCACGUGCGAUCGUUCCGAUAUCGUUUCGAUAGCCGCGUUUAAUUAAUGAAAUUCCGUCAAUAAAAUUCCUCGUACGAUUUUCCAACACUAAAAAGAGUUCGGGCGCGUAACAGAGGGGCGGGAACGUCCGUGUGUAUUCCGUACGCUCUUCUGCCUUGCUUAUUCAGGGCGCACAAAAUGAUCCACGAUCCACGACACAAAAACGCGAUGACCUGCGCGCAAGAUCUGCGCAAACGCGAUUUUACACCUCCGGGUCUGUUGUAACUUUCAAAAUUCGAACGCUCAGUUACGCCGAUCGACGGUCUUAAGACGUCGUGUACUCGCAAUAGUACGCGAUCAUCGCUCCACGAUGCGUCGGAAUAUUUCUAAAAUUUUCUCACUGCUUUACUGAACCUCGAAGAGACAAGAGUCGAUUGCUCUCGGUUGUUUGGUUUAUUUUGUUGGAUUUUUUUUCGAUCGGAAUAUUUUCAAAAAUCUAUGACACUUUUUAUCGGUACACGUCAACGAAAAACUAACCGGGUGCAUAGGAGUCGGGAGAACCACCGCGGUUUUUUGGAAAGAAAAAUUUUUUUUUUCAUUUCUGAAAUCGGUCGAUCGGUCGAAUCGAACUGAUUGAAUAUAACGGAUCGAAGAAUAAAAUAAAAAUAGUUACGAUGAACCGAUCGUUGAGCGUCGCGAUUUUUUUCAUCGUAAUCGGCGUUUCUCGCGUUUUCGCCGACGAUAUUUCUGGCAACAAAACGUCUUCGAUACCGGAAGAAAAGGACGACGAUGCGACCAACGGUCAGAACAACCUUGCAUCGAGUAACGUAACGGUCUCGGAGACGGAGAUGGAAAUGGACAAAAUAAUAAUGACCGCCGUCGAUUUACUCGGUCAAGAUGGUGCGGACGAAGAGGUUUUUGAGGGAAGAACCGUGGCCGUAAAUCGUUUGCAAUUCAUGUUACUACCUCUGAUGUACAAGAUGGGAGUGAUGACGACUCUUUUGGUCAUACUGGUGAUAACGUCGAUGAAAUCGAUGCUUAUCGGUGUGGUGUUGCUGGUGGCGAAGUUGGCGAGUUUCCUAGCUAAAUUCCACCACCAUCCGCACAUGGAGAAGCAUCAUCACGUCGAACCCCAUUGGGCCCCUCCACCCCCGAUUUAUUGGCCGCAACCGCAACCGCAUCCGCAUCCUCCACCGCAACCCGUUCACGUUCACAUGCACCACGAGGAACACGAUGACGAUAUCCACGAUCAUUACGAUCAUCACGAUCACCACGAUCACCAGGAGCACCACUACGAAGACCACGGUCACGAUCAUCACCACGACGGCUACGACCGUAGGGAUCACAAGAUCAGAAAUCGAAUCUCUUCGAGUUUGUCCUCUCCUAACAAUAAGUGGAAGGACGAGGAGGCGUACAAUCCGAUCGCAGUUAUGUUGGAGAAUGGCCAGUUUGUUAUAAACAAGGGAUAUCCUACGUCGUAAUGUUAUUCAUUUAAAAAAAAAACAUCAGUAUCGUGCAGGGAUAGUUUUUCCGUUACUACCAUCAUCGUUACUCGCUUGAUGCUUUUUCGAUUGAGAAAAAAAAAACGCAUUCAGGCGAGGAAUAUAUAUUCAAUUAGUUUGAACGGUUGCAGGCACACGUGAUACGAAACACCAGAGAUUGAAUCGUCUGAGCAUUUUUUAUGGUGUUUGAAAACGGACAUUUUUAAUGUAAUAUUAGAAUUUUCUCGUUAUCGUGUGUCCCGCAACGGUUUGACAGUGUGAUAAAAAGUGGGGUAAUGUUUUUUGUUAUCUGUUUUGUCUGCUGGUUUCUUUUCUUAUCGAUGGUGUAGCAAAAUUGAUCGAGCUCUUCGAGUCUGUCCAAUUAAGAAACAUGAUUCGUAGUUUCAUUGAAUAACGUUUUUCAGUUGCAUAAAAUUUUGAGAAACAACAUAUUUUAAAUGCAAUCAAGUUUUAGUGAAAUUUACAAAAACUAUUGAUUAAUCUAUCAAUUGGUUUAUUUAUUUAUUCAUUCGCUUAUUUAUUUAUUUAUUUAUUUAUUUAUCUAUUUAACUUAUACGUACCAAGAAGGAUCUGUAGAAUCUUUGAUUCACAUUGUUAUUAUUUUCUAAUCAAAAUUUUGAGAAACUUGAAUGCUUUCGAUACUGGAUAUGGAAGUGAUUUCGUUACUUUCGAAGUAUUUAGAUAUAUUAAGUGUUGUUGUUACAUGAUUUUAAUCGGAAUGGUGGUCAGUGAAGGAAAAAUGUCCGAUAUUAAUAGUAAUAUAGGAAUUUUGUACAUAUCUGUACAUAAUUGAAACAUUAUCCGAACGCACGAAAAAUAUUGCUACCAUGCCAAAACGAUAGUUGCAAUAAUUGUACUCUUAUGUUUGUCAUUCAUCACGAUGAUUAUAUUUGUUUGUCAUGUGUAUGUUAUAAUUUUCUUUUUACUAAUCGAAUCGCGAAUUGAGUAUUUGUAUUUUCUAUUGUCCAAGAUUCGUAAAGAAUAUGUGAAUUCUCUAAGUUCAAUUUUGAUGAAGAUUUGUAAUACUAAUGUAUAAUGAGCUUUCUUCAUCUAAUCCAGCAAAGAAAUUGUAAUGUUUUUAUAGCUUCCAGUCGCUGUUCAAUUUUGUAAUCCAAUACUUCUUUGCAGAACUCAAAAUACAAAGCUCCAAGCGCCGAAUAAUGUACGGGUGAAG